CCACUUUAAAAAUAGAAACCGCUCAUCUGCAUGAUCUUAACAAUAUCUUUAUAUGAGAACAUCGCCAUACAGCGAAACAGAUUUCCUUUUUUUUGGUAAAAAGCGCGCGUUAGGCUAAAAAACUUCAGGGGACAGAAUCUGUUCUUAAAUUAAUACAGAUUUAUUUUUUUUACUUCAAGAGACUUUCUAUAUUGCAAACUUCAUCAUCCCGUAUCUCAAAUCAUUAAAAAAAGAAUAACCGGAGAUUACAGGAAACGGCCCUUCAAACAGAGCGAAAAAGCGAUCCCGACCUCAGCACAAUGAUGAUGGAACAACUUUUUGCAAAAAUCGCAAGAAAUAUACUUGGUAUUCACAAUGAAAUUAUCUGAGCACCGAGCAC